AUGAAGCCAGCGACCACGGAUUACAUUGGAAUCCGUGAUACUUUUGACAUCAAAUAUACCAUCUCUCAAAGAGAGCUGGGUUUACACAACACACCUCUAUCUAGCAGCCUGGAUUCACGAUGGCUUGAGAACUUCUGA